GUACUCAGAUAGAAUUUGUGCCUGGUAUGAUUACCGGAGGUGCGGUUACUUUGGACUGUGGUAACAGCAGAUGCCUAAGUUAUUUCCUGGAACCAUUGCUCAUGAUUGCUCCGUUCUGCAAAAAGCCUCUGAAUGUGAAAUUGCAAGGAGUGACCAAUGCUCCCAGUGAAUUGAGCGUUGAUGCAAUUCGCGCAACAUGGCUCCCCGUAUUCAACAAAUUUGUGAUCGCAUCCGACCCACCGGACAUUAAGAUUCUUGCACGGGGGUAUAAACCGAGUGGCGGGGGAUGUGUUAUGCUGACGGCUCCAACUGUUCGAGUUCUUCGUUCUGUACAGUGCAAGACGUCCGGGAAAGUACGGAAAAUACGAGGAGUAGCAUCCGUAUCAAAAGUUUCUCCAUCACUGGCUCAUCGCAUGAUUGAUGCGGCAAAG